GAUCCUUCCGUGAUACCACUGUGUUGCCUGUGCUACCACAGACUGUAAUGAUCUGACGAGUAUAACAACAUCUUUGCUUCUGAUUUAGUAUGUUUUGAUGCCACUUUUGUGCGCGGGUAAAACAAGUUUGAAUAAAGUAGGCAAUGUGGUUAUGUGAAACUAUCAUGUGUUAUCCUGAAGUACAUUUGAAGUGCUGUUAAUAGAGCAAUAAUAAAGAAUGAGACGCUCGGCCGCACCGUCUGUAAAGUACAGUGAGGGUGGAGCGACAGGUAACGUGAACAAAGCGGGUUUUGCCCCAGCUUCUGUUAGAAACUUUGGAUCAGAUUUCCCAAAUAAAUCACGUGAUACUGAUUCACUUCUGGACCUUAUUUUUGCAAAAAAUAAGGCAGCAGAUACUGAACAAAGGUAUUGCGAUUCUGGUAGUGGCACACUGCCAGAAGUGAGCUGUAAUGUGAAAUCAGGUGUCCUGGGGCAUGUGAAAAUAUCUCAAGAAGCAAUACAAGGAGAAAAUAAAGAUGCUGUCUUAGCAAAUGACCCUGAGAAAAGGGUAUUCAAUGUUGUUUGGGCAAAACAGUCGACAAGAAAGCACAAAGUUUGGGAGGGUGAUGGUGUUCUGGAAGUGGAAGGGAAGACAGUUAUUUUAAAGGAUGUUGGUGGAAAAAUUCUAGGCCAGUCUUCAAAUGUAAAGGUGUCCUCAUUUGAAGAUGGUACACGUUUGCUUCUUGGCGGAAAAGAGGCUGAGAUUGUGGAUGAAGUGAAAAUAACCGACUCUAUCAGUGUGUCCAGUAAAAGAAUGCCAGACAGGCAGAGUGAUCAAAAGCCUACAAAAAAAGCAAGAAAAAACAUACCUAUUCUGCAUAAAAAACCCUCAAAUUUUUGUGGUCAAAAUUAUAGGCCCUUGGUUAUGCCAAGUCCCCCAGAUGAGCAUCGGUGGAAGAUGAAUCCAGAACAUUUGUCUCUUGUGGAGGUAGUAAUUGACCCAUGUCUUGCAAAAGUCCUCCGCCCUCAUCAAAGAACUGGCAUAAUAUUUUUGUAUGAAUGUAUGCUUGAAAUGAGACAACCGAACUAUUCUGGAGCAAUAUUGGCAGAUGAGAUGGGACUGGGGAAGACACUACAGUGUGUUUCACUUGUUUGGACAUUGUUAAAGCAAGGCCCAUAUGGUGGAAGGCCUAUUAUUCAGAAUGCUUUGAUUGUAACACCAAGCAGUUUAGUUGGGAAUUGGGAAAAGGAAUUCCAGCGAUGGUUAGGAAGAGGAAAAAUCCAUACAUUUAUUGUUAAUCAGAAGAAUAAACCAGCUGAUUUCAAAAAUAAUGCAAAUGCUAAUGUUAUGCUAAUUUCUUAUGAAAUGUUUUCAAGAUACUAUGAUGACAUUGAAAAAUAUAAGUUUGACCUGCUCAUUUGUGAUGAAGGCCAUCGUUUAAAAAACAGUACUAUUAAAAUAUAUGUGAUGUUAUCAAAGUUGCAAUGCAAGAGACGAAUACUGCUUACAGGAACACCAAUACAGAAUGACCUUCAAGAGUUUUAUACCCUAGUUAAUUUUGUAAAUCCUGGAGUACUUGGUCCAUUGUCAGAUUUUAGGAAGAUCUAUGAAGCUCCAAUUGUUGCCUCUAGACAGCCAGAAGCAGACACUGAAACCCGUCUGCAUGGUGAACAAUGUGCUGCUGAGUUGAACCAUAAAACCAGUUGGUUCAUCCUACGCCGCACACAGGAUCUGAUAGACAAAAUUUUGCCAAUAAAACAUGAACUGGUUCUUUUCUGCUGCCUAUCUCAACUACAGAUCAGUAUGUACAGAGCAGUGAUUGAUUACUGGGACUCGCGGAAAGAAAACUUAAUUUCUCUGGAAUCAGUUCCGCACCUCAAUAUUAUUACUUUACUUAAGAAAAUUUGCAAUCAUCCUGUGCUUAUUAAGUCUAGUGUCAUAGAGGAAGAACUUGAAAUGAAACUGAUGCAUAUGUUGUCAUCUGAAAUUCUUGAAACAUGUCCAAGAAACUCUGGAAAGCUUAUUAUUGUCUUACGUCUUCUUCAAUAUUUGAGGCAAACUAAGGAGCGUGUGGUGUUUGUGUCAUACUAUACACAGACAUUAGAUCUAAUGGCACAGCUGUGUGAAAACUAUGGCUACGAAUAUUGUCGAUUGGAUGGAUCUACAGCUUGUAGUCAGCGUCAAACAGUUGUUGACAAUUUCAAUAAUGCAUCUUCAAAAUACUUUAUCUUCCUUUUAAGUGCUCGUGCUGGUGGAAUUGGUCUCAAUCUUACGGGCGCGUCACGUCUUAUUCUCUUCGAUUCGGACUGGAAUCCAGCCACGGACCUACAGGCAAUGUCACGAAUUUGGAGAGACGGUCAAUCAAAACCUGUGUUUAUUUAUAGGCUGCUUUCUGUGGGUACAAUAGAAGAAAAAAUCUUCCAACGCCAAAUAAGCAAGACUGAUCUAAGUGGUACAGUUGUAGAUCCACAGAACAAUAGUACCAUUCGCUUGUCUAAAGAAGAACUUAAGGACCUACUGUCAUAUGAUGAAAAUGAAACCUGUCUCACUCAUAAGUUAUUAGAAUGUACAUGUGGUAUAAAUGGCCAACCACGUGAGCAAUUUGAGACCUGCAGAUCUGAAGUAGACAAUAGACCAUCACAGCUGGGUUCUCUUCAGUUAAAUUCCACACACCCUCACCAACGCAUGAAUCAGCUGCUUCAUUGGGAACACCAUAGAGCACCAUUCAGAUCAGGCUUCCUAGAGCAUUUUGCAGCCCGUGGAUGUGUGGCUAAGAGGGAAAGAAGUGUGAUGGUUCGAUUCUGGUGGCACCUCCGGCAGCCACAAUGAUUGAGAGGAUAUUCCAGGAUUCACCCCAGAAUAGGUUGUGGCCGUGCUGCUGGUAGUACCUUCUGGAGGUGGAGGGUGUAAACUUCUCACUGCAACAGAGAAGGCUGAUAAAGGGUGGCUGCAGACUUUGCCCUGUUGUUCCGCUGCCCUAGUCAGGGCACAUGGUCAGUCAGCUGGAGGAUCCACACUGUUGUAUCGAGUCAGCAUGAAGAGUUUUAUGGAGGGGCCCACUAGAACUGCUGCAUACGUCCAUUUGCUGGAUUGUGAACUCUGAGCAAUGUUAAACAGCCACAUAAAAUAAAAUGAUUAUGUUGGUCAAGAUGUCUAUUUGCAACCAUUUAGUCUAUGUGGAUUCGAUUGGCCAUACAGCUUGUAAAGCUAUAAUAACAGCUCAGACAACUGAAUAAGUUUGUUGGUUGUAGUGAAGUAUGUUGUCAGUGUGCAUCAUAGUUAUUGUAUUGAGCCCAUGUAGUUUUGAAUGGGUGUACUUGGCUUGACAAGAAUCAUUUUUAUUACAUUGUGUGCUAUUCAGUUGAGUACUGUGUAUCCUGUUAUUCAUUUGAUUAUUGUUGAAAAAGGUGUCAUUCACAUUUGGAAGGAGAGCUGUAUAUGGGUAAAGUUAACAUGUGAGGUAACAAUUCAGUGUAGUAAUGUACUUGUCUAUUAUAUAAGAAUUUCCUGUGGUCAUUGUAAUAUUAUUUAUUCUGAAAUGUUGAACAAUGAACACAGUGUGUAAAUUUAAUGUUUUUCUUUUCAGUUGCUAGUGUAAUCUUUGUGAUUUCUGUAUGUCUUGUUAGUUAGUUGAUGGGAUUCAUUUUUAUGUACAGAUUAUCUGUGGGCCCUUUUAAAAUUGUUUAUUCUAAAGACAGGAAGAUGAACCCAGCACACAAUUUGAAAGGUGUUUAGGUUAAUUCCAAAUAUGCUUAUGCCCUGCUGUUUCAUUAGGUGCUGUAUUAAUAUUAAUUGUUUCUUAAAGGUAAAAGGAGAAUAAAAGUUUUAAAUUGAAAUUUUCCCUGUUCUCUGAUCUUAGAAGUCGUAUUAAAAAAUCAUUCUGUGAUAAAAUAGUUUUAUUGAUUCUCUUGUGAGGCUAAUUGGGAGUUCACCUUUUUAAAGAAUUUUUGUUUAAAUAUUUGUGUGUAAUAAAGGCAUGAAACUUUGUCCAUUGGAAUGUCAUUACAUAUGACU